AUGCGCGGCAGCCUGAAGCUGGACUUCAGACGUGGGAAACGCUCUUAUACCGGUGCGCUCACAGAUACCAUGGCAGCUUUUACUGCUUCAUGCGCCAACAUCAACACCAUGAGCAGCUCCAUGGCCCAGAGCGGCUGGCAAAGACGGGGAAGCGGCGAGGAAGUGGGCACGCGUGAGAGUGACCAGAGAAGGAGCAGGAAUGGGCACGUGGAACAAGACACAAUCCAGGAGAAAACCUUUGAGUUCUUCCAGAUGUGUGACAUCGAGAGCAAGGGCUUCAUCACCCAAAGAGACAUGCAGAGACUGAAUGGUGAGCUUCCUCUUAGUGCGGAGGACCUGGAGAACGUGUUUAACACUCUGGAUUCUGACGGCAAUGGAUUCCUCACCCUCGAUGAGUUCUCCUCAGGCUUCAGCGCAUUUUUGUUUGGCCAGAGAAUUCCGCUUGAGGAAGGUGUUGGAGAGAAAAAGCCUGUUAAAAGCCUACCAGAAGUCCUCUACCAGUCCCAGUGGGAGGAAAGCCCUGCAAAAGAAGUUGAGGAUGAGGAGGAAAAACACUUUUCUAUGCUUAUGGAGAACCUUGGAGCCAACAGUGUCUUUCAGGAUCCUGUAGAAAUGCGCAGCCUUUGGGCCCAGCUGCGCCGGGACGAACCACAUCUUUUAUCCAACUUUGAGGACUUCUUGGCCAGAGUGACGUCCCAAAUCAUUGAAGCCAACAAAGAGAAGAAGGAAAUGGAAAGUGCUCUUAAAAGGAAAGCAGCAACACAUGAUAAUGAGAUCCAACGCCUGUAUGAGGAAAUGGAACAGCAAAUAAAGAAUGAAAAGGACAAGGUGGUACUGCAGGACUAUGAGCGUUUUUUGUCUCGCAGUCAAGACCUGGAACUGCAGCUAUCAAGUAAGGAAAAGGAGCUCGAACAAAUCUUUCAAAAGCAGAAAAGGUUGGAAGGUCAAUGCCGGGAACUUCACAGUGAGCAACAUGUGACCAAAGUGGAGAACGUGAAGCUGAAACAGACAAAUGACGAGCUGGCGCGAGAGCUGGAGCACACCAGCCAGGAGCUGAUCCUAGCUCAGGAGCAGCUGGCUUUGCUGCAAGAGCAGUCCUCACGUCUUCAUGAGGAGAAAGAGAUGGAGAUAUACAGAGUUACUGAGGGACUGCAGAGAGAACGAGCCAGCCUCCUCAAACAGCUAGACCUUUUAAGAGAAAUGAACAAAUAUUUGCGAGAUGAAAGAGACAUAAGCUAUCAGAAACCAAAGAAUUCUACGCAAUCACUGAGGCUUUUGUCUGACGGUGGGCAACACACGGCCGCAGAUGUCUUCAAAAGAGAGGAUGAGGAGGAACUGACUCUGAACUCUACAAGGCAGCGCACAGCUAGUGGGUUAUACCAGCCAUCGAUCUCAGUACAGAAAAGAGGACACUUCCAGAGGAUCAUAUCUAUCGAGGAAGACCACCUCCCACAUCUACUGAAUAGAGGCCAGACCCCAAGCCAUCUUCAGAAGUUUGCUAAUGAAGAGGAUGACCCGGACACUGAAGAGACAAUAGACUUAGAGAUGAGUGAAAUUGACCCGCGUCCAUCAUCAGUGCAAAUGCAGAAGUCGGUGGAGAGUUUGGACAAAAGGAAAAUCCCAACAUCUCCAAGGGGUCAGCCUGUUGGCAAGGAGACCAGCAUCAAUGAGGAACAUGGCCCUUCAGUGCCCGACCGCCUCUUCAAAAUUGUCCUGGUGGGAAAUUCUAGUGUUGGAAAGACCUCCCUUCUGCGGAGGUUUUGUGAUGACUGCUUCCAUCCCGGCACUUCUGCAACUGUGGGAGUAGACUACAGUGUAAAGACGAUAACGGUGGACAACAGCCAGAUGGCACUGCAGAUGUGGGAUACAGCAGGACAGGAGAGGUAUCGAAGCAUCACCAAACAGUUCUUUCGCAAAGCUGACGGGGUGGUGGUGAUGUAUGACAUAACUUCAGAGCAGAGUUUCACAGCAGUCAGGCAGUGGCUGACAAGUGUAAAGGAAUGUGCUGGUGAAGACAUUCCCACCAUGCUCCUGGGGAACAAAACAGAUAUAGAGAUUGAAAGACAAGUUCAGCGGGAAGUGGGAGUGAGACUAGCCAAGGACUGUCAGAUGGCCUUCUAUGAAUGCAGCGCAUGCUCUGGAUAUAAUGUAGAGGAGUCCAUGGUUUAUUUAGCCAGAAUUCUGAAAGAGCAAGAGGACAGAGAGAAGGAGAAGACAGUCCAGCUGGUCAGCAGCCCCGCGGAGAAGAAGAGAUCCUGCUGCUGA